GAGAAAACAAUGAAACAUUGGACUAUUACAAACAAUACAUGAAAAAAGGGAGGAAAAAGUUAAAGAAAAACCGAAAUCACAAUCUAAAGAGGUGUCCGCAUUCAUGGAUAAAAUGACACCUGAACAAAAAGUAAAAGCCGAUGAACUGCUUAGCCGGGCUAUCUAUUCAAGUCAAGCACCACUGGCUUUAGUAGAAAAUAUACAGUGGCAGAAGUUGUUUAAAUUUCUCAGACCUGCUUAUCAGAUACCAACCCGACACCUUGUAUCAGGCCCACUAUUAGACAGUGAGCACCUACGUGUAAAGGCUAUGGUUUCGGAAAACAUUGCUGGAGCACAUUCUGUUGGACUAAUGGUGGAUGGAUGGUCCAAUAUUAGGAACGAGGCUGUCCUAAACUUUGUUGUAACAACUCCAAAGUCAUUCCUUUUUAAAAUUAUGCCCACAGGCACUGCACCUCAUACUGCUGAAUAUAUGGCAAAAACCCUUGGUGCAGUAAUACGUGAAAUCGGUCCCCGAAAGGUAUUUGGUAUAGUCACAGACAAUGCAGCAAACAUGAAAGCUGCUUGGGCCUUGAUUGAAAAUGAUUUUGAUAAUAACAUUUUUACCUAUGGAUGCUUUGCUCAUUCUCUUAAUUGAAUAUUUACCGAUCUCAAAAAUUUAACAAGUCUGAAAUCGUUUACUGCCGAGGCUGCUGCCCUUACAAAGGCCAUCCGACAAAGCCACAUAUUAUCUGCGUGGGUAAAGGAAAAACAAAACGAAUUAAAAAUAAGUUGCAGUCUUAAACUCCCAGUGCCUACCAGAUGGGGAUCAUUAGUUCUUUGUCUACAAUCAUUGCUUGCUAACAAACAAAUAAUAAAAAGGAUGGCUAUCAAUGAAGAAGUUGAAAAGGCAGUAAGCAAACACCCAUCUUUAAA